UUCUCUGACUUUUUUUUUUUUUUUUUUAGCUAAGAAUGAAACCUUGGCAUUACCAGCUGAAUCUAAAACACCAAAGGUAGAAAAAAUCCCAGCACAGCCCAUAACAGUUCUCAGCGAAAAGACCCCGGAAAGAUCGCAAACUAUUCUAAUACCUAGGUUUGAGUUACCACUGAGCACUCUAGCUCCGAAAAGACUUCCAGAAUUUCCUCAGGCAAAAACACCCUUCCCUUUUGAGAAACCUGGGGGCGCCUUGGCUUCGAGUGAAAAGCCAUGGAUUGCACCUAUAACUAAAACAUCUGAAGAUUCCAAAGUUUUACCACCUCAAACUGCAGCUUAUGACGUUUUCUCAAGCCCUACAACGUCCGAUGAGCCUGAAAUAUCAGAGCCCCACACAGCAACAACGGAUCCAUUUCUGGAUUCUGUCCCACCUAAAACUUCUAGAACUCUUGAACAGCCAAGGGCAACACUGGCUCCAAGUGAAACGCCAUUUAUUCCUCAAAAACUGGAAAUCAUUACCAGUCCUGAAAUGCAACCUACAACACCUGCUCCCCUGCAAACUACACCUAAACGACGCCUCAGGCCCAAACCACCAAGAACCAAGCCUGAAAGAACCAAAAGUCCUGGAACAACUACUUCUAAACUUUCUAUGAGCCCUGAACCUACAUGGACCACACUGGCUCCCAGUAAAACACAAUUUAUUUCUUUGAAACCUAAAAUCCCUCUGAGCCCAGAAGUGACACACAUCAAACCUGCCCCAGAGCCUCUGACUCCAACACCAUCACAGUCAACAAUAGCCUUAGAACCUGGAACACUGGAAACCACACCUUCAACAACAACAUUAGCUCCACCAAAGACCAAACGACCAGGUCGUCGCCCCCGCCCUAAAUCCACACGUAGUCCAGAUGUGCCCAAGUCCAAACCUGCUCUGCAACCUGCUACGGCACAACCGGAGGUCUGGGUGCCCACAGUCGAUUCAAAAACACCAAAGCAAUUACUUCCUAAACCCCAAACCACAGCAAAACCAGAUAUGCCAUCAACUAAAUCCGGCUUUGAGCCUGUUACAUUGGAGGCUGGAGCUCCUUCCAUAACCAUAGUUCCUGCCACAGACAUUGAAUCUGAAAGUCUGAGAACUGAAGCUCCCUGGACAACAUUAGCUCCAAAAACAUCAAAACGACCAAGAACACGUCCUUCACGUCCCAAACCUUCAAAACGUCCCAAACCUUCGAAACCUCCCAAACAACCCAAACAUGAAACCACGCCAAGCCCAGAGGCACCUGCGACCGCACUAGACAUUGAACCUGUCACUCCUGGGACAUCUUUAGCUCCAGAAACAACAAAGAGACCCCGUCGUCCACGUCCCAAACCUAAAAAAACCACACCCCUUCCAGAAGUACCUCAGAUUCCACUGGUUCCUGCCACAAUCUUUGAACCAGUUGUUCCUAGAACCGAAGCUCCUGGAAUAACACUAGCUCCCAAAGUGCCUGAACAAACUCACCAUCCACGUCCCAAACCUAAAACCACACCAAGUCCGGAAGCUCCUCAGACCGUACUAGCUCCUACUCUCGUCCUGGAACCAUUCACUCCUAUAAAAGAGGCUCCAGGGACAGCAUUUGUUCCUAUUACAGACCUCGGACCCAUUACUUUUACAACUGAGACCUCUGGGACAACAUUAGGUAACGACUCUGCCAUUCGCCUAGUGCUUUUGCUGUUCAUCGUACAGUCAACUCAUUCUCCAUUCCCAUAACAG